UGCACUGAGCAGCCUUCCCCCGCCCCGCCUUCUCCCCCCAGCUAUCUACAGCAUGGACAGCAGUGUGCUGGACAGAGAGGACAUUCAGCGGCUUCGAGCACUAAUCCCAACAGAAGAGGAACUUUGUCUGAUCAAGGAGGCCAAGGCCCAGAACCCCCACUCUCAUCUGGCCCAGGCCGAGCUCUGCCUCCUCACUUUAGGGGAAAUCUCUCACCUUAGCUCCAGGCUUCAGCUGUGGGCCUUCGCUUUGGACUACGACUCCUUAGAGAAGGAAAUUGCCGAACCUCUCUUCCAUCUGAAGCUGGCCAUGGAACAGCUAGCAGCAAGCCAGACCUUUAGAUGUAUUCUGGCAACAGUGUUGGCGAUCGGUAACUUUCUGAAUGGAUGUAAGGCCCGUGGUUUUGAGCUGAGUUACCUGGGCAAGCUGUCCCAGGUGAGGGAUACACACUCCCGCCAGCCCCUGCUGCACCACGUCUGUGUGCUAUUGCUGCAGCUCUACCCACAAUCCUCUGAUCUCUACUCCGACAUCAGUGCUGUCACUAAAGCUGGCAAGUGCGAUUACUCCCUGGUGCAGUCCAGCCUUUCUCAGCUAGAGGCCCUGUGCAAAGCGUCAUGGGAGCAGCUUAAGGUACUGGAUAAGGCUGAGGAAAAGAGGAAAGGAGGAAAGGGGGAGAAGAGGAGCGGAGGAGGAGGAGGAGAUGAGGCCCUGGCCCCAGAAGGUCCACUCCGUCACCAGCUGCCGAAGAUUUUGAAAGAGUGCGAGGAGAGGCUGAAGGUCCUCAAAGCUGUCCAUCGUCGGGUUAUCAACAGGUUCCACUCUUUCCUCUUAUUCCUAGGCUACUCCCGAGCUAUGGUGAGAGACACCAAAGCAGAGGACUUCUGUAAAACCAUCAGUAACUUUUCUCUGGAGUACAGGACCACACGGCAGGGCAUCCUGCUGCAGAGAGAGCGGGAGCGACAGAAAAGUGGAGCAGAAAGCCCAGGCCCCAACACUCCCGUCGGCAGGAGGAAACGCCAACAAACUCUCACGCAGGAGAGUGAGAGAAGUGAGGAGCAGUGUAAGCUGGAGGAGGUGCUGAAAACACCGGAUUCCACCUUGAAGCUGGAUGCCACUCUGCCUCGAAGCCGCAGGAGGCCCGUUCUCCUGGAAACUGAAGUGGUGACCCCCCCGCCGAUGUCCUUUCGGAAGCCAUUCACUCACUGAGUCGCUGGUGUGUUAGAACGAAGUUCGGACAUUGCCUUUACAGUCACAGAUAUUGCCAAACAUUUCAGGUGCCAUUUAAUUUUUAACUGUGUUUUUGUUUAGGAGUGGAAACGUAUUGGAAAAUCUGUUUUGAUAGCAAAUAUACCAAACAUCCAUGCAUAUGUGUGUGUGUGUGUG